AUGUGGGAAGGUCUAAAAGUGCAGGACGGAUGGAGAGUUCUGCCGCUUAACCUCACUCUCUCCCCCUCCUCCCCCUCCUCCCCCUCCUCUCCUUCCCUGUUCGAGGAUAGAGCCGUGACCCUGACAUUUCCCGCUCCUCUAAUGCUCUCCAAAUGGGCUCUGGUGCAACUGUGGCCCCGUACGGCUCGGCGGGCGGCCAUUACGGAGCGGAGAGAGCAGAGUUGCACGGUGGGUUCUUAG